AUGCCUCGACAACAAAGAAACGGAACGAAUCAACGUCGCCAAACUCGAUCUGGCACGGGGGAUGAUGACAGUAUUGCGAGCCUGCGUCGUAGAUGCGAGGAAGAAGGUAUAUCUAGUGGCGGUCGAAGACAAACUUUGAUUGCGCGCUUGCAACAACACACUACGGGAAACGUGCCUUCUGCUACGCCGAGUACUUCGGUAGAAACAUCAACCGUUAGUUCUACACUGACCACACAAUCGCCUGCCUUGUUGACCGAUGCACAACUCGCACAGAUUCGAUCAAUCGUGUCAGAAAGCGUAGAACGAUCUGCCGCUGAAAUAGCAACGAACGCCGCCCGGGCUGCUGUCCAAGCUAUGACUUCGUCGACAGCACAAAGCCAUCCAGCAGUUCUAACAGAAAUCCCGAGUGCUUCCUCCGAUGUUCUUCGUAGUCAACCCAGCGCAGUUCCAGAUGUUAGCACAGUUGAUUUAACACAGUUUGCUCAAGCGGAACCAGCCACCCCGUAUGGACACGGCGCGCAUGAUAUCCCAGCUUCCUACGUGAAACAGAUUCAGUCUGGUGAGUUUUUUGACUUAUCAAAACUUUUACCCAGUAGCUUUCCCACUGCCGCCGAUGACGAGCCAGUCGUCUUUACGUUAGAAAAUUCAGUCCUUAAAGUUAAAAAGUCCCCAGCAACUCAAAAAAUCACUAGCAUCGAACAAUGGACGACUGCGUUUACGAGUUAUAUGAGCGUCCUUACGCACAAGUUUCCCACCAGAUCUCAAGAUUUACUCCAGUAUCUGUCACUGAUCCGUCACGCAGCACAAACACACCGAGGGCUUGGGUGGUGCGUCUACGACCACAAAUUUCGCAGAAAAGCUGCCUUAAACCCUCUUCUAAAGUGGUCUGAGAUUGACCAACAGUUGUGGUUAUUGAUUUUCACUACAUCACCUGAGAAUCUAAAACGAGAAUACCCCCUUUUUUCCAAUGGACCCCAAAAUAUCAAUUCCUCAGGGGGCGCAAAACGGGGUACAGCCAUUUGCCGCGAAUUCAACCGAAAUGGGACAUGCAUCUACAACCCAUGUCGAUACAGCCACGCCUGCAACCGAUGCGCAGGUCCUCACCCAGGAUAUAAAUGCGGUGAAAGACCCUCAAGCAAUAGCAACCACGCCUCAACGAGUAGUCACAAAUCCAGCAAAUCAAAGCAUCA